GGUCAGGGUCUGAGGCCGGCGGAAGGAGCAGCGGCAGGAGCAGCAGCGGGGGGAGCGGUGCUGUCGCCGCCGUGGCCCCCGGAGGGGCAGCUAUUGACUCCCCCCCCAGCCGGCUGCCGCCCCCCGCCGCGGGUGCGAUGGCCGUGGGCGGCUGAAGGAGCCCCAGCGCCCUCCCCCGGACGAGUUAAUGGUAAAGUAAUGGAUUCCAAAGAAUUGCUUAACCCGUCGGAUCAAGACGAAACAAGGAAAAAUGCUCUCAUCAGUACCAAAGGAGGGAUCGUGAUGGACUUCCAUCCACCCUUCAGGGGUGGAGCUACUGUCCAAGCCCCUGUGUCUACAUCUCCUCUCCCUGCGUCUUCUCAGUCAGAUUCCAGUCAGCAACCUGCUUUGCCUGACUUUUCGAAAGGAUUAGGAAACAAUGUGCCUCAGCCAGACCUUUCCAAGGCAGUGUCGCUCUCGAUGGGACUGUACAUGGGUGAAACAGACACAAAAGUGAUGGGAAACGACCUUGGAUUUUCGCACCAGGGCCAAAUUGGCAUCUCUUCUGGAGAAACGGACUUCAGGCUCUUGGAGGAAAGUAUUGCAAGCUUGAACAAGUCCUCGAGCCUGGCCGAGGACGCGAAGGGAUCCGCGUCUUCUGAGGUGGCGCUCGAGCCGGAUUUCCCGGGCAUGGCCGGCCGCAACGUCCCUUUAGAGUCGGGAACUGCAGUCCAAAGCCAGGUUGGCUCAAAUGGUGGCAACUUGAAGUUGUUCUCUGAAGACCAAAGCACCCUGGAUAUCCUCCAGGAUUUAGAAUUGCCGCCGGUAUCGCCUGGCAAGGAGACCAACGGGAGCCCGUGGCGGCUGGACCCGUUGCUCGAUGAUGGUGGUUUGCUGUCCCCCAUAUCUGCAGAUGAUGCCUUUCUCCUGGAAGGAAAUCUCGGCGAAGACUGCAAGCCUCCCAUUUUAUCUGACACUAAACCUAAAAUUAAUGACCAUGGUGACCUUUUACCCAGUUCCAAAAUGCCAAUGCCUCAAGUGAAAACAGAAAAGGAAGACUUCAUUGAACUCUGUACUCCUGGCAUCAAGCAGGAAAACAUGGGCCCACUUUACUGCCAGGCCAACUUCUCCGGGUCAAACCUGCUGGGUACGAAAGUCUCGGCCAUCUCCAUCCACGGUGUCAGCACCUCUGGAGGACAGAUGUACCACUAUGAUUUAAAUACUGCAUCGCUCUCUCAGCAGCAGGAUCAAAAACCAAUUUUUAAUAUCAUUCCAUCUCUUCCUGCCGGGUCAGAAAAUUGGAAUAGGUGCCAGGGAUCGGGGGACGACGCGUUGGCUCCUCUGGGAACGCUCAACCUUUCUGGCAGACCUGCUUUCUCUAAUGGCUAUUCAAGCCCUGGAAUGAGAUCAGAUGUAAGCUCCUCUCCAUCCACAACCUCAGCAACUACGGGACCACCUCCCAAGCUCUGUCUGGUGUGCUCCGACGAGGCCUCCGGGUGCCAUUACGGUGUUCUGACAUGUGGCAGCUGCAAAGUGUUCUUCAAAAGGGCAGUGGAAGGGCAGCACAACUACCUGUGUGCUGGGAGGAACGACUGCAUUAUUGACAAAAUCCGGAGGAAAAACUGCCCGGCGUGUCGCUACCGGAAAUGUCUGCAGGCUGGCAUGAACCUUGAAGCUCGCAAAACAAAGAAGAAGAUCAAAGGACUGCAGCAGGGAAGUGCCACGGGAACACGGGACGCUCCCGAGGCAUCCGGGAACAAGAGCAUCGUCCCCGCGUCGCUGCCGCAGCUGACGCCGACGCUGGUGUCGCUGCUGGAGGUGAUCGAGCCCGAGGUGCUGUACUCGGGAUACGACAGCACCCUGCCCGACUCCAGCUGGAGGAUCCUCUCCACCCUCAACAUGCUGGGAGGGCGGCAGGUGGUGGCUGCAGUCAAGUGGGCGAAGGCAAUCCCAGGUUUCCGAAAUUUGCACCUGGAUGACCAAAUGACCCUUCUGCAGUACUCCUGGAUGUUCCUAAUGGCUUUUGCUUUAGGCUGGAGAUCCUACAAGCAAUCCAAUGGCAAUCUCCUGUGCUUUGCACCGGAUCUGAUCAUUAACGAGCAGAGGAUGAAUCUCCCAUGUAUGUAUGAACAAUGCAAACACAUGCUUAUGGUCGCCCGAGAGCUCUCACGGCUUCAAGUCUCCUAUGAGGAGUAUCUCUGCAUGAAGACAUUGCUUCUCCUCUCUACAAUUCCCAAGGAAGGCCUGAAGAGUCAGUCUCUGUUUGAAGAAAUCCGGAUGACGUACAUCAAGGAGCUGGGCAAGGCCAUCGUGAAGAGGGAAGGGAACUCCAGCCAGAACUGGCAGCGAUUUUAUCAACUGACUAAACUGCUGGACUCUAUGCAUGAUGUGGUUGAAAAUCUUCUGAGCUUUUGCUUCCAGACAUUUUUGGAUAAAUCCAUGAGUAUUGAGUUCCCAGAAAUGUUGGCAGAAAUCAUCAGCAAUCAGAUACCAAAAUAUUCCAAUGGAAAUAUCAAGAAGCUCUUGUUUCAUCAGAAGUGACUGCCUUAACACAAAGGGUUGCCUUAAGAAACCGUCACUCGAUAGCUUUGUUUUGUAAAGAGAAAACCUACAGAACUUGUUCCUUUUGUCCUCGCAGCGGUGUUUCUUUUGUAAUUAUGCACUACAUGUGGUUUACAGAGGGCCAAGAGUUAGGCUGGAGAAGCAGCGGAUUUCUCCCAUUUGGGAAAGAAUUGGGGAGAAAGGAAAGGCAAAGAAAUCGUAAAUCCUAUUUGUUAGAAAUUUUCUCUCUCCCCUCGUGCACCAUCCCCGGAUGCAUCAAACCACCAGUGACAAGCUCUGAGGCUGUUACGAACAUUCUGCUAAUUAAUUAAUUGCUGCAGUUGGCUGGAGACAAUUUUUUAGGCGUUUUGUUUUUUUUAUUUUAGUAAAGUGUUUUGGAUUUUUUUUUUUUUAAAGUUAAGGUAGCAUUUUGGUUUAUGCAUGUAACCUGAAGAAAGUUUACAAGUGUAUAUCAGAAAAGGGAAGUUGUGCCUUUUAUAGCUAUUACUGUCUGGUUUUAGCAAUUUCCUUUAACUUUAUAUACCGUGAACUUGGCUUGUUCAUUUUUUCUUACAUAAUUUUUUUGUAAUACUUCAAGAUGCCUAUUGUACAGCUGGUUUUUUAAGGUGGGGCAGCUCGUAGCUUUCCUAAACGACCUCUAGACAGUAAAUCCUUGAGUAGAUUCAUGUGAAAAAGGGUUGGGCUUUUCUAACCUAAUCGCUUUCAACUGUCAAAGCGGCUAUAAAAAUUUGGCUUUUUUUAAGGGCCAGGGUGGGUGGGAGAACACUCUCAAAUCUCAUUUCAGUAGAUCCGAAUGAAAUCCUUUUGGUAUAUUGCAGAAGUGUUGGAUAUGCAGAUUCAUAGAAAAUUAACCCAGUCCUCACUGGAUGUAAAUGAGCAGGUUAUUUUAUAUAUUGAAAAAAAAAAAAAAAAGAAGCCUGAUUUUUGCAUAUGAUGCAACAGCCA